UCUGUGCGUAUACUGUUACCGAAGAAAGAAGAAGACGAAGAAGAAGAAAAAGUUAAAUGCGAAAUUCGAUGGUGUUAUUGCUCAAUGCCCUAACCCUAGCUCGGACCAUGACGGUCUCGACGAGCGACCUGGUUUUCGAGGCCGAGGACAUCGAGUUCGGCCAGCCAUGGUGGUUCGUCUUCGCCGGCGUAUCGUGCCUGCUCGUCCUCUUCGCCGGGAUUAUGUCGGGGCUAACCCUAGGGUUGAUGUCGCUCAAUCUCGUCGAGCUCGAGAUUCUCCAGCGUAGUGGAACCUCCACCGAGAAAAAACAAGCCGCUACGAUUUUACCUGUUGUGCAAAAACAGCACCAGCUUUUGGUUACCUUGCUUCUUUGCAAUGCUUGUGCCAUGGAGGCACUUCCUAUAUAUCUUGAUAAAAUCUUUCAUCCAUUUGUUGCUGUUUUGCUGUCCGUAACCUUCGUUCUAGCAUUUGGAGAGAUAAUUCCACAAGCUAUAUGCUCAAGAUACGGGCUCGCAGUUGGUGCGAAUUUUGUGUGGCUUGUCCGUAUUCUGAUGAUCAUCUGUUAUCCAAUUUCUUACCCUAUUGGAAAGGUUCUGGAUGCUGUACUUGGACAUAAUGAGGUUUUAUUCAGGCGAGCUCAGUUGAAAGCCCUUGUCUCCAUCCAUAGCCAAGAGGCUGGUAAAGGUGGUGAACUCACACAUGACGAGACAACAAUAAUCAGUGGUGCUCUGGAUUUAACCGAAAAGACUGCGGAGGAGGCUAUGACACCUAUUGAAUCAACAUUUUCCCUAGACGUCAGUUCCAAAUUGGACUGGGAAGCAAUUGGAAAAAUUCUUGCAAGAGGGCAUAGUCGUGUUCCUGUCUUUUCUGGAAAUCCGAAAAACAUUAUUGGCCUUCUGCUGGUGAAAAGUCUUCUCACAGUGCGGGCAGAAACAGAGACUCCAGUAAGUGCUGUUUCCAUUCGGAGAAUGCCUAGGGUCCCAGCAGAUAUGCCUUUGUAUGAUAUCCUGAACGAGUUUCAGAAAGGAAGCAGUCAUAUGGCAGCAGUAGUGAAGAUCAAAGGAAAGAGCAAGAUCCCCCAGCCUGCCCUUGAUGGAGAAAAGUGCGAGGAAGACACAUUCACUAAUGCAAAGUCCCAGUUAACUACCCCCUUGCUUACAAAGCAUGAUGACAAAUCAGGAAGUAUUGUCAUUGAUGUUGAGAAAGCUUCGAGGCCUUUGACAAACAUGCAAACCCUUCAACAAAAUGGUGUCACAACCAAUGGCUUCCCAUAUUCUUCAGAGGAUAUUGAAGAUGGGGAAGUUAUCGGAAUAAUCACCCUGGAGGAUGUUUUCGAAGAACUUCUGCAAGAGGAAAUUGUCGAUGAGACAGAUGUAUACGUUGAUGUACAUAAAAGGAUACGUGUGGCUGCUGCUGCCGCUGCAUCAUCCGUUGCACGUGCUCCAUCAAAUCGGAGAUUGAUUGGUCAAAAACCUGCUGGAGGUCAAACUAAGCAAGGGCAGCCCCCAAAGAAGGCUAUGGAGGAUGACGGACAAUCUGUUAGGUUUGCCGGCGAAUCGAAUCAACAUAUUUUAGGUGAUAAGAGAUGACUUACUGAAUCACAAUGGAUUUCUCAGCAAAAGAAAAAUAUUAAGAGAGAGAGAGAGAGAGAGAGAAGAAGAAGAAGAAGAAGAAGAAGAAGAAGAAGAUCAUGUGGGUAAAAAUGACCCUCAAGUUGCAGAAUCUUACAUUUUUGUUUUUGUUUUGUUUUUAAUUGUAAGCUGUAACCCCUUGUAAUCUUUUUGAUCCUGGUCGUGUAGAUUUAGUAUAUGCAUGUUUCAAGUCUUAUAGUUAUGUUCAUUACAAAUCUUGAACUAGGUCCCCUCUGUAACAAGUUUAAUAAACAUUUUAGUUAAUGUGGGAGUUCUUCGAAAGAAUGUGAUAUUCUUACUUGCUUCAUCUUAUGAACUUUCUGGUCAUAUAUGUAACCAAAGACCAUACAUCAACGUUUUGUCGGUGUUUUUCU